AAGCCUUAAGUGAAGAGCAAGCAAGUUCACCAACUGUCAAGGACUCUUUAGGAAGUCCAGAUGUAAAAUUGCCAAAUAAUUUUAAUAUCGAUUUGAACUGGUAUGAAAUAGAGACUAAGAUAAGAGAGAUUGUAGAGGAAUUAAUCAAACCCUUCCAUGAAAGAGUUGCAUGUAUAAAAGAGGACACCUUCCAGACCAAAAUCUCUCUUCACGACCAAAAAGCCCUCCUUGACAAGCACAAAUUAGAAAUUUUCAAUCUUCAGAAAUAAGCAUGAACAAGUCGAUGAAAUCCAAGCGAGGAUUAAGCAGACUGAGGAGUUUACCAAGGCUAGGUUUGAACGGAUUGAGGGUAAGCUCAAAAUGAACCAGGCGGAAAUUGGACUUGUGCGGGAACAGAGCGGUACCCAAGCUGAGAGGAUCAGUGCCCAGAAUGAUACUUUCGACCAGAUCCAAGAGGAGUUUAGGAAGAUCAGCAUGGAAAUUGAGCAACAAGCUGCGAUCUUUGACGACAAGGUCUUGGACUCUAAGAAACAACUGGUCUCACAUGUUGAGAACGUCAGGGGCGAAGCCAGGACUAAUGAGAAGAGUAUUGUGGAAAUCCAUGCGAGGAUGAAGAGUAUGCAUGAGCUGUUUUCAAUGAAGUAAAUACGAUGUCAUCCUUAAUGAUUACGUGAACAGGGUAGAGUACUUGAAUAGGCAAAUAGAGGAAAUUCGGGAAGAGAAAUUAAGCUCUGAUCAAUUAAAUACACAUAUUUUGAAUUUUAAGAGAAUGGCUAAGAAUAUUGAAGUGAAAAGCAGAAAGUAUAUUGGUAUUUCUGAAGCAGAAUGGGAAGAAUUUGACAACUCUGCCAUUGUUGAUAGGCCUUUUAGCUACAGAAAUAGCUACAUAUCUCAUUAUACACAGACUAUAAGUCUCUUAAACACAGUAUGCUUGGCAAAGAAGGAGCUGUACAAAAUCUACGAGUCUUCUCGGAAGAAAUAUCUUGAUCUCAGAGAUGAAAAAGUAGAAUUUUUCUCAACCCAAGAAGAGAAACAACGAAAAUUUUUCUUAAAAUAAGCUCAAGGAUCUGAAUGACUCGAUGUACUUAAAGUAUCAGGGCUUCAGGGAUAGCUCUGACGAUAGCCCUAGCUCUUCCAGAAUUUUGAGGCUCGACUUAUCCAACAAGUAUGGCUCAAAGCCAGAUGAAAAGAUUAAGAAAUUUAAAUUAAAGGAUUUAUCCAAGAAUUCUCAAACUUAUUCUAAAUUAGACGACUCCAGCGACGAUUCUGCCUCGAUUAAAGAAAGCCUGUUUAAGCCAAACCAAAAGAGAGGCAAGGAGAAGUCAGACCCUCUUGAUAGAGACCAGCUUGAAAAUACUGGUCAGGCAGAAGCCGAGCACGAGGAUUUGGAUGCAGAACAGAGAGAUACCUCAAGAGAUGACCUUGAAAAUAACCCUAACAGACAAGAAGAGAGUGAUAAAGAGGAUGAAUAUGAUGACUUAAAUGAUUCUUAUAUUGAAGAUACCAUAAAGCCUAGAGAAACCUCCCUGAGCAAGGUCCAAGAAGACCCCAGAGACCUAGUCGGCAAAUUUGAAGAGCAGAGUAAUUUGAACUCCUAUACUGUAAAUGUCUCGAGGAAGACAAGCAAAGGGCAGAUUUAUAACAUUCUAAAGGGCCAUACUAAGCAGAAGAAGAGGCUUACUAUCACAAAGAGAGGCAAGAAUCCUCGGAAAGUCAAUAAAGAAGCUAAGAAAUCUAAAGGAAGGAAAUCGCUGAAAUCUCCAGAGAGUAGCUCAAGGUCUCCUCCAGCUUCAGAAUUACAACUCAGAAGUAAGAAGAGCACAGUUGGGUCUAGGAAAGCUACUGCUUCUUUACUAAAGAGAAAAACUAAGCUUAAAGACAGCGAUACUGAACUCCAAAGGUUCAGUACUGCCAAGGAAAUGAAGCGGUCUAAUAGGAACGCACAGAAGACGUAUAAUAAGGAUCUCGAUUUUGGAAAACCUAGAUUUUCUUCUAUAGGUGAUGGUAACGAGGAUAUUCACACAGAUCCUAAGAAUAAGGAGAUAAGUCAUUCAAAGAGCAAGCAGAGUCAUGACUCCCUCCUCGAUGACGAUGACGACAAGAUACUACGUGAGAAGAUCACUCUUAAUGACCUUGACGACGAUGUAUUAGACCUGAUAGCUGACUACACUUCUAAAGUAAAUCAAGCCGAGAAUGAGGUUUAUGAGAAGCUAAACUCAUGUGUCAGUCAGAUAAAGGAUGAUAUCUCUGAGACUCUAAAGUUUAUCAAUAGAGAGUUUAAGAAGGAUUCUACACAGAAUGCGAAGUUUAUGAAGAACAUUCGUGUUGAGUUUGAUCAGGAAUUAUUAAUCCAAAAACGUGAGAAGGCUGACUUUCUGAAGUCCUUUAAGGCUAUGAGCCAAGAGAUCAAAGACACUUACAAAGUAAUAGGUAAUUUCAGGGAAGAUUUUGAGAAGAUCAGUGACUUAGUGGCUGGGAUCCUUGAGGAUGUCCAGAUCCAGCACGUGCUUGAUAUUCAGGAUGAGCUUGACAGACGGAAUAUUGCUCUCUAUGGAACAGAGACUAGAAAGGGUGGACCAGAUGACAAACUGAAGAAGAGCAAUCACUUAUUUCACAAAAAUAACGUACUUUCUUUAGAUAAGAACUGCGUGAGUUGUUCUCAGUCUAACGGACUGGUCAUGAAGGCAUUCAAAAUGGCUUGACUAAGCUAUGAGCCCUCCAAAAUCCAGUAUAAAGAUAAAACUUAUAAGCGAGAGAACCUCCUGCUGCUAAAGUCUAAGAAGAUAAUGGGCCUUCUGGGGAAGAUAGCUCCGAUCAAGACUAAGAAUUAUAACAUUACUAGCUCUGUUGAUCAAGUAGAGAGUCCUGCUGAUUUAGAAUUGAAAUCUAACGUGGAACUCAAGCCGAAAUAUCAGAACGAAAGGAUAUCGGAGGUGAUGUCCAGGAGGAAGGCAAGCCCAAGUCCUCUCUUAACGUUAUCUAAUGACCACAAUGCAUCCUUCCAAUGUUCACUAAAAGAGAGAAGUACUUUCAUUGAUGAAUCUCUAACUAAUGAUUUACUGAUGUCAACGCAAAGGUCGAAUCAGAUGUAUUACACUCCUUCGAAAAGCCCUUUCUUAGUAAACCCAAGGACGAUGCAAAUAAUGUUGAACGAUGGCAAGGCUAACAAGCCAGGGAGGGACACUCGAACUUGUUCGAGCAGAGGGACUAUCCUCAGCUCGAGGCACAUGAAGCCUCGCUACAGGAAGUUCAAGGCUAACCUGAGUCUGAACCACCGGCCUCUGACUGAUAUCCAGUAGCACAACUUUCAACCUCC